UCCGGCGUUUGGCCUUUGCAGUAAGGAGUUAUUUGGCGGACCUCGCAAGUUUUUCUCUACUUUCUUUGUGGUUAUUUUUCAUCGAAGAGGGUGUUUUGUUUUCAAUUUUUACCCUCGUUUGCCUCCUUGUGUGUUUGGUGUGUCGACGGACUGUAAUAAGAAAGUAUUUGGGGCGUGGUAGUCCACUUGGAAGCUAAAGAAGGAAGGAAGACUGACCGCGGCUGUGCCUAUGAUGCCGACGUUGCGGGACAGCACCAUGUCCCAUCCCGGCGAGAAUUCCCAUCAAGUCCGGGUGAAGGCUUAUUACAAAGGGGACAUCAUGAUUACCCAUUUUGAGCCAUCCAUUUCAUACGAAUACCUGUAUGGAGAGGUGAAGGACAUGUGCUCCAUGGACAACGACCAGCUCUUCACCAUGAAGUGGAUAGAUGAAGAAGGUGACCCUUGUACUGUGUCGUCUCAACUAGAGCUUGAAGAAGCUCUGCGCCUCUACGAACUCAACAAAGACUCUGAGCUCAUUAUCCACGUUUUCCCUUGUGUACCAGAGAAGCCCGGCAUGCCCUGUCCGGGAGAAGACAAGUCGAUAUAUCGGCGUGGCGCACGGCGCUGGAGGAAACUUUACUAUGCUUGCGGUCACGCCUUUCAGGCCAAACGUUUUAACAGACGGGCCCACUGUGCCAUCUGUACAGACCGUAUCUGGGGUUUGGGGAGACAAGGUUACAAAUGCAUCAACUGUAAACUGCUGGUGCACAAGAAGUGCCAUAAACUGGUCACAGUGGAAUGUGGCAGACAGAUGAUCCAGGAACCAAUAAUGCCUGGUCCAACAUCUACUCCGUUAGACCCAAGUGAACAGUCAGGCUCUCAGAGUAAAGACUCCAGAGAAAGCUUGACUUAUGAUGGAGAAGAGAAAGAGGCAAGGAGCAGUAGAGACGCAGGGAAGUCACCAUCCAGCCUGGGGCUGGCCGACUUUGAUUUGCUGAGGGUGAUCGGUCGGGGCAGCUAUGCCAAAGUGCUGUUGGUGCAACUGAAAAAGACAGAGCGCAUCUACGCCAUGAAAGUUGUGAAGAAGGAGUUAGUCAAUGAUGACGAGGACAUUGACUGGGUCCAAACAGAAAAGCAUGUUUUUGAGCAGGCCUCUAAUCAUCCCUUCCUGGUGGGUCUCCAUUCGUGUUUCCAGACAGAAAGCAGACUUUUCUUUGUAAUCGAAUAUGUGAAUGGUGGAGAUCUUAUGUUUCACAUGCAGAGACAAAGGAAACUCCCAGAAGAACACGCCAGAUUUUACUCAGCAGAAAUCAGUUUGGCACUAAACUACCUUCAUGAACGGGGAAUCAUCUAUAGAGAUCUCAAAUUAGACAAUGUGCUACUGGAUUCUGAAGGACACAUCAAGCUUACAGAUUAUGGCAUGUGCAAGGAGGGCUUGAGACCAGGUGACACAACAAGCACAUUCUGUGGUACACCCAACUACAUCGCCCCCGAAAUUCUCAGAGGAGAGGAUUAUGGGUUCAGUGUGGACUGGUGGGCCCUGGGGGUCCUGAUGUUUGAGAUGAUGGCAGGCCGGUCACCCUUUGACAUUGUUGGGAGCUCUGACAACCCAGACCAAAACACAGAAGACUACCUCUUCCAAGUAAUAUUGGAAAAACAGAUAAGAAUCCCCCGUUCGUUGUCAGUCAAAGCCGCCAGUGUCCUCAAAGGAUUCCUCAACAAGGAUCCCAAGGAACGUCUCGGCUGUCACCCUCAGACGGGCUUUGCUGACAUCAUGGGCCAUCCAUUCUUCCGAAAUGUCGACUGGGACCUUCUGGAGCAGAAACAAGUGGUCCCUCCAUUUAAACCCAACAUCUCAGGGGAGUUUGGACUAGACAACUUUGACGUCCAGUUCACCAACGAGCCAAUCCAACUCACGCCGGACGAUGAGGAUGUGGUCAAGAAGAUCGACCAGUCUGAGUUCGAAGGGUUUGAGUACAUCAACCCACUCCUGAUGUCAGCGGAGGAGUGUGUGUGAGGGACACACACAUCGUCUGUGGUCAUGAACACCACACAUACACACACACACACACCACA